UUUUUUUUUCUCCAUACACCCAUCCACCCACACACCCACACACAUAUACAGAUGCGUCAACAACAUCAACAGCAAAACUCACAACCACCAGAAUAUACACCUGGUACAACUGUAUUUGCAAAGUUAAAAGGAUACCCAUGGUGGCCAGCAAGGAUUGAAGCAGACCACUCUGUACCAGCCAAAGUAUUGAAACAAAAGUCAAAAGCAAAGAAUGCUUUAUAUACCGUGUUUUUUUAUGGUUCUCGAGAUUAUGGCUUUUUUGGACCGGAUGCUAUUCGACCCUUUAACUUUGACGUGGUUGAAAGUGAUUUGAAAGCUAAAAAAUUCAAAACAAAGGAUUUAGAAAUGGCAGUACGUCAAGCGCUCAACCCAGCUUUAUUGGCUCAAAUUGAACAAGAAGAAGCAGCAGAAGCAGAAGCAGCAGCAGCGGCGGCAGCAGCAGCAGCAGAGGAAGAAGAAGAGGAAGAGGAGGAGGAGGAGGACGAGGCGUACUCAGAGGAGGACGAACCGGUGACGACAUCCUCAUCGAGAAGGAGGAAUAAUCAUAACCACAAGAAGGGUAAAAGUACGGGCACAACGCGAAAAAAUACAACGACAUUACGGAACAACCACCACCACCACCACCACAAGUCAAACACCACGAGCGCUACCACAAACACCUCAAAGGCUACAAAACGACGAAGCCGUAUUCUGGAUGAGGAAGAGGAGGAGGAGAUGGAUCAGGAUGACAUGGAGGGCGGAAGUGGUAAAAGAAGCAAGAAUGAAGAAGGAGCUGUGGAUGAAACUGCAGUGGGUGAUAAUAUAGACAGAAAGAGGAGACGUAAAUCCAUGUCACUUGAAAAGGAAGAGAUGAGUUCACCCUUAGGAGGAAAACAACAAGGAUCGGUUGGAACACAUAACAAUCAUAGUACGACUGCUGCUGGAGGUAAUGCGGCGGGUUCUGGAACAGAGCAGAAUAAAGACGAUAUCCGAAAGACACCUGAAUUUAAAAAAGUAUAUCAAAUCCGGCACAAGCUGCAAAAGUUGGUAUAUAAUAAGAAGGAGGGUGAGAUUCCAAAGGAGGAUUAUCCCAAGAUUCUAGACGUCAUCAAGGAGAUUGAAGAAGCGCCUAUGUCCUAUAGUUUAUUGAAAGAUACCAAAAUAGGCAAAGUGGUGAAAGCGGCUAUUUGCUAUCCAUUUGACGAUGAGCAUCAUGUUAUCAAGGAUCGUUGUCAACAAUUAAUGAGGAAUUGGAAGACUUUGUUGAUUGACCCACAGUCAGGUCUUUUGAAGCCUGGUGUAGACCGUAGGAAAUCCACAACACCCGCUGAUGAAGCUGUGGCAACGACAACAACGACAACGACAGUACCAACAGCACCAACAGCAACAGCAACAACAACAACAACAGCGGGUACAGGGACACCCAUGGAAGAGGAUUGAGAAGGAUGGAUAUAAUUACCCUUUUUAAAUACAAUGAUAC